GACUUGCUCGCUCACUGGGACGUGAGACCGGCAAUGACAGGCAUCCAGCUGGCCGCGCUGUGGCUGCUGGUGACUGCGCAGCUGCAGCUGGUGGCGCCGCGGGCGCUGCGCCUGCAAACGCGGGACCACGGCCGCAUCGUCGGCGGCUCCGAAGCCACUAUCGAGGACUUCCCGUGGACGCUGGCCCUGCUCUACGCCGGCGGACAAUCGUGCGGGGCCUCCAUAAUCGGCUCCCAGUGGGCGCUGACCGCAGCCCACUGCUUCGUGUUCCCGCAGGUCGAGGUCUACAGCGUGCGCGCCGGCUCCUCCAGCCGCGGCAGCGGCGGCACCGUGCUGUACCUGGCCGAGCUCUACGAACAUGAACUACACGACGACACCUCUGGCGACUACGACAUCACAGUCAUACGGACUGCCGAUCCGUUCCCACUGGGCACCAACGUGGCUGUCGCGAACCUUCCAGAGGACGGGUACGACCCUCCAGCCGGCCUCGCGGUCACAGUGACCGGUUGGGGAGACACGGAGACGGGCGACACACCGGACACGCUGCGCAAAGUGGACAUCAGCGUCAUGGACCGCUCCGCCUGCGACGGUAUUUCGCCCAUCGGUCGCGAAGUGACCCCGCGCAUGCUGUGCGCCGGUGAGGCAGGCAAGAGCGUGUGCUACGGGGACUCCGGGAGUCCACUCGUAAGCGGCAGCACGCAGGUGGGCAUAGCGUCGUGGGGGAGUAACGACUGCGAGGCUGCGGGCGCUGUCUACGUCAACGUGGGCAACUUGCGCUCCUGGAUUACCAGUAUCUCUGGCGUCUGACAGCCUGAACAGAUCACUUCGAAACUGACCCAGUCAGAGCAGUAGCUUCGGGGGUUCGCUCUCACAUACUGAAAUAUAACUGAAACAAAACAAUGGUUUUCGACAGAAACCAUUUCUUUGUCAAAUUUGUUACACUAACAAAUGAACAAACACUAAGCUGUUUUGUUACCUGAUCAUGUUAGUAAACUAUCUUCUGUUGUGGA